CCGCCUCCUGGUCCCAACAAAUCCUCCCAAUUCUCAUUUCCCCUUCACCGCCGCCUUACACCGGAGGUGUAGCUCGCCGUGUGCGAAGCCGUCCGUUUCUACCUCCUUGAAGCGUACAAGCGCGCCCCCAGAGCUCCAGCUGCACGGGCUAGCACAACGCCACCGGCCCGUGCCUGUGUUGGCCGAGCCGAACCCUCCACCGACCGGCCACCGUUCCCCUCCCGAUCGGGCGGAGACCUUUCCAGCCACGCGCGGACAGCACUCCCUUCGACUCUCCUCCAGUCCCCAGUCCCCACGAACGCACGCGCACGAGACGAGGGCCAGGGCCAGGCUGCCUGGGGUCCGCGUGGGUGCGAGCUGCGAGGUGUGGAUCCAGCAUUCGGCUGCUGCUGGCUGCCGCCCGGUGCGACGCGGCACGGCGUAGCCGCUAGAGCAAGCGCGCAGCAAGCCAGGGUGCCAGGCAGCCAGCAACAGCAAGCUCCUUCACCCCACGUCCACGGCACAUUUCCAUUGCAUUGCAAGCACGAUUGCAGGAAGCUAACAAGGAACAUUGGUGAUGUGCCUCCAACACUCAAGGGCUCGAUUGUCUCCAGAUGAGCAAAUCGCUGCAGAAAAAAGUUUUGCCUUGUAUUGCAAACCAGUUGAGCUGUACAAUAUUAUCCAGCGGCGAGCUGUAAAAAAUCCCGCUUUUAUUCAAAGAUCCCUUCUAUACAAGAUACAGGCGAGGAGAAAAAAGAGGAUUCAGAUAACUAUAUCACUUUCUGGAAGUACAAAUACCCAUGCACAGAAUAUCUUUCCUCUUUAUGUACUUUUAGCUAGACCUACUAGUAAUAUUACACUUGAAGGGCAUUCUCCAAUAUAUCGAUUCAGUCGGGUUUGUUUGCUUACUUCUUUUAGCGAAUUUGGAAAUAAAGACAAAACUGAAGCCACAUUCAUCAUUCCUGAUCUGAAGACUUUGUCAACCUCCCGUGCUUGCAACCUUAGCAUUAUCCUUAUUAGCUGUGGGCAAAUAGGACAAAUUGUUGGUGAAGAUAACUGCUCUGGAAACUAUGUGGAAGGCUCUUCCCUCCGAAAGCUUGAAGGGAAAUGUUCCUGGGGUAAAAUAGCAACUAAUUUACUUGCUUCCUCUUUGGAGAAAUGUGUGACUUUAAGUGCGGGAGAAACUGUGGAUUUGGUUUCUACAGUUACAAUGAGCCCAAGCUUCUUAGAGCCAAAAUUUCUGGAACAAGACAAUUGCCUGACAUUUUGCUCUCAUAAGGUUGAUGCUACGGGUUCAUACCAAUUAAAAGUAUGCAUAUCUGCAGAAGAGGCUGGUGCAAGAGACUUGUCUUUGUCUCCUUAUAGUAAUUACUCAUAUAAUGAUGUCCCUCUUUCGAUUUUACCAGAAAUCAUAAGGUUGAGAGCUGGCAAUGUGAUUUUUAAUUACAAGUACUACAAUAAUACAAUGCAAAAAACUGAAGUUACUGAAGAUUUUUCUUGCCCAUUUUGCUUGGUACCGUGUGGAAGCUUCAAGGGCCUGGGAUGUCACUUAAACUCGUCACAUGAUCUGUUCCACUUUGAGUUCUGGAUAUCUGAAGAGUGCCAGGCUGUCAAUGUUAGUCUGAAGGCUGAUGCCUGGAAAACUGAGCUUUUGGCAGAGGGAGUUGAUCCAAGGCACCAAACAUUUUCCUACCGCUCGAGGUUCAAGAAGCGUCGACGGUUGGUGGCCAAAUCUGAGAAAUUCAGGCAUGUCCAUUCACAUAUUAUGGAACCGGGAUCGCAUGAAGAUGCUCAGGCAAUGUCUGAAGAUGACUAUGUGCAAAGGGAGAAUGGGCAUUCUGUAGCAGAUGCUUCAGUUGACCCUAGCCACACUGUACAUGGUAGCAAUCUUUCACCGCCAACAGUGCUACAGUUUGGGAAGUCAAGGAAGCUGUCUGUUGAGCGAUCAGACCCCAGAAAUCGACAACUCCUGCAAAAACGUCAGUUCUUCCAUUCCCACAGGGCACAGCCAAUGGCAUUGGAACAAGUCUUCUCGGAUCAUGAUAGUGAAGACGAAGUUGAUGAUGAUAUUGCUGACUUUGAGGAUAGAAGGAUGCUUGACGAUUUUGUUGAUGUUACAAAAGAUGAGAAACUUAUUAUGCAUAUGUGGAAUUCAUUUGUUCGAAAACAAAGGGUGCUAGCUGAUGGUCAUAUACCUUGGGCCUGUGAGGCCUUCUCCAGAUGCCACGGCCAACAACUUGUGCAAAACCCUGCCAUGCUGUGGGGCUGGCGUUUUUUAAUGAUAAAACUCUGGAACCAUAGCCUUCUUGAUGCCCGUACCAUGAAUACGUGCAACAUAAUUCUUCAAGGCUACCAAGACGGAAGUUUGGGCCCCAAGUAAAUUUCAUGGAAAGAAAUUGCUAGUUAACUUGUGUAAAAUGGCAUCGGUUAUAGGUCUGGUAGUUCCAGAAGUUUUCUGAACCAAAAAAAAAACUUUCUGUGGAAUUGGAGGGUACCAUAGUGGGUUGGAGGGAAGGCUUACGAGCAUCUCCUCUCCUGGGAAGAAAUUGAGGGAAUGAUGGGGGCAAGGCUGGAUCUGUGGCCAAGACAAUCAUUAUUUCAUUCAUGACGCUUAUCGAUUGUAUUGAUUGAUACUGGCUGAUGUUGUUGACUGGAAUGGUAUGGAUGACAAAUCAAUUGUUAUUCACUUUGGCUUCUUA